CUAAAAUUGUUGUUGUUUGUCAAGUGUCAAUUUGAGCGCCUGAAUUUAAUUUGUUUUUAUCAAAAUAAAGUUUUUAUUUAUCAUUUUACUUUACUAUUGAAUAAUGGAAAAUAGUGGUUAUCUUUCCGUAUCUGAUAUAUUGGUUACUAACGAGAAAAUUCCAUGCAAAUUUCUGCAUGAUUUACCAAAAAUGGGUUUCUUGGAUCCGUCGGCGUCUGAAGACGAUUUGAAAGCCGGCACAAAUGUAGAAAUACCAUUGUGGUUAGCUGAAUCUCUGCAUUCAAGAAGACCGCCAUUGGUUUCGGUGGAUUUGCCGAAAAUUUAUAAAGAUUCUUAUAGAGAAAUUCUAAACGCUGAUGCUUGUACUGUAGAUAUGCACAAAUUAAGUCAAUACUUUUAUGAAUUUGGAUGUUACAUAGCAAAACACGACAUCAAAGGCGAAGUUUCUAAUACUCUUAUCAAUACCUUCAGGCAAAGGUUUAGGAUGUUGUUAGCUGCCAGUGUGUCAACAGAUUCAGUGGGGGCUAUACAGCCUCUAUCAGUUAGCGAGCGCCACCAAGCUGCAGCAGCUGCUAGUACUGAGAGAGCUCUCUCAGAAUGGCUGCAGAGAGGAGAAAGUGUACUUACAACUGCAAACAUGGUUGCUAACCAUAGAAAACGGAAAAGAGCUGAAAUGGAAAUGCAUUAAAAAACUUUAAAUAUGAAUUAACCCCC